AUGCCUUCUGUCCAGAACCCUCUUCUGAGGACCUCAUAUUCGUUCCAGCUGCUAAAAGUUCGGCUUGAGCCUGUUCUUCCACACGUCUCCGAAAACUUACCCUUCACUUCCUGUAUUCGAUAUUAUGUUAUACCCCGCAUCGGCAUUGCGACCACUCAGCCUCAAGCUUUUGGACUCGUGGCUCCAUUUUCCAUCAACUACUUUGUUUUUCCCCACUGGCGUCCAACUGAUUUCCAUUCCUGUAAGCCUCAUAUUGUAUCACCGACCUUCAUUAGCGCACUCAUUUCGGGAACAGAAUUGUAG